UAGAUGGCGCUAAAAUCAUUAAUUUUUUUCGGUUCAUAACCCAACUAAAUGUCAGUUUACAGUCAAAUUUGAAAAUUUGUUUAUCAUCAGUAACAUAUAAAAGAAAACGGAUAUAUUUAACGAAACAAAUUAAAAUUAAAAAAAAAAAGUUGUAUAAAAGCGGUAUUGAGGUAAUUUUAAAAGUUAAAAUGCGCGUGUAACCAAAGGAAUCCAACCAAGUUGAAAUUAAUCAUGAGCCAAAUUCCGGUGGAAAAUUUAGAGUCUUUGGCUCAAGUACCAGCGUUAACGACUAAAUUGUGCAAUCAUUUCGCUAAGAAUGAUAAAGAUUUAGCAGCUGAAUAUUUUAGAAUAGCUAUAACGUUUUUAACGUCUGUGCAUCAAUUCCCACCGUUUAAUUCGCGUGACGAACAAUACGUCGUCGCUCAAAUUCGAAAAUUUUUAUUAUCUUUAGAACCGAGUAACAACGUUCAAAAAUUUGAUCUAUUAUAUGCGAAAUUUCAAAAGACGUCAAUUUUGCGUAACAAAUGUGCCAUCUUACUAUUUUUCUUACACCUCGCCUCACAAUCCCAAAGCGAAACCUUAACCCAAUGGAGCAUGUUGGAAAAAGUCACAUCACAAUCGAGUAUUAACUCAUCUAAAUCACAAACCUUUUUGCCUGAUGAUAAUAAGGGAAGUGUAAAGAAAUUGUAUUCCGCAAAUUUAGGAAAGAAUUUAUCAGCUUCUAGUAGAACACAAUUGUCUCAAGCAACAACAGUACCUUCAAUAAUAUGGUCAAAUAGCGAUCAUGAUUUACAUGCUUUAAAAGAUCGAUGUUCAUCAAUAGAAUCAUCAAGAAGUGGAACUACAAUAAGUGUAUCAGAAAGUCAAUUAAUUCAAGAAGUUAUCUAUUCGUUUCAAGGAAUUGAAGGUAAAGUGCUUAGAAAAGAACCUGGUGGUCUUGGAUUUACAAUUGAUGGUAAAGCGUCGAAAGGAAUGACUCCUAUACAACGUGGAUUAAUUGAAAGGUUAUCAUGUGUUGGAUUUUUACAUAAUCAAUUAAAACAGCAUUGUGAUGAAGCUGAUAAACAAAUUGGUUUAAUUGGGCAGUCGUUAAUUGCAAUUUUAAGGGAGGAAUUAACGAGUUAUUAUCAAAUGGUUGCUCUGUUGCAAGCGCAAUCGAAAAAACAAGGUUGUUAUGAUCACUCUGAGUUAAGUUUGAGAAGAAUGUCUGUUUGGGUGGCGGAGCCUCAAAUGCAUUUGCAAUGGUUGGCUUAUAUUGCUGAACAAUGUAGUGAUAAAAAAGGGGGUGCCCUGGUUAGCAUGGUUCAUGGAUUUUUACAACAUGGGGCUCAAUGCGUUCAAAAAGUAUCCGAAAAGGUAUUAUCGGCUGUGUGCAGACCGUUAUAUUUAAUGUUAUCUAAAUGGUUAUUAGAUGGAGAAAUAAAUGAUCCUUGUGGUGAAUUUUUUAUAGAAGCUCGAAAUGUUAGUAAUGCUGAACGACUUUGGUAUGAUAAAUAUUACGUUCGGCAAUCAAUGAUUCCGUCCUUUAUUACUGUUGAUCAGGCCAAUAAAAUUUUGGCUACAGGUAAAAGUAUAAAUUUUUUAAGGCAAAUUUGUAAAGAUUCGGAGGAGUUACCAGGAAGGGAUGCUUUACAGAAACUUUUCGCUAUAACUUCUGCUGAAGCGUUAUUUUCACCGGAACAAUCGAUAGAGCUACACACAGCUUUAGAAAGUGUUUAUCGCGAAACAUCUUUAAGGGUUUUAAACUUAUUGAAAAAUAAAUUUCGUUUAUUGGAACAUUUACAAGCUUUAAGGCGUUAUUUGUUGUUGGGUCAAGGUGAUUUUAUUCGACAUCUUUUAGAACUUCUUGCUCCUGAAUUAAAUAAACCAGCUCAAGAACUUUACGGCCACACUUUAUCUGGAAUUCUUGAAUCAGCCAUACGAGUAACGAAUGCUCAAUUUGAAGAUGAAGACACCCUUCAAAGAUUAAACGUGGGUUUAAUGGAUCCGUCACAUGGAGAUUUGGGUUGGGAUACAUUUACUUUAGUUUACAUAGUUGAUGGUCCCGUUGGGACUAUUUUUGAGCACACCAUGCCAAUUUAUAAAUGUCUUUUUGGCGGUUUGUGGAAAACGAAACGAAUGGAGUACGUCUUAUCGAAUAUGAGAAAACAACAAAUUUCUUGUGCGAAAUUGUUUAGGAGAUUGGAUGUUUUAAAACCCGUGUCUCAUUUAAUACAUGUAUUAGCAAGUAAAAUGAUUAAUUUAUUGCACCAAAUGCAGUAUUACUUUUUAUUCGAAGUACUCGAAUGUUCUUGGGCUGAAAUGUUAAAACAAGUAAAUCAAGCUGAAAGUUUGGAUCACGUAAUAAAAGCUCACGGACAUUUUUUGGAAUCCGUACAAAAUGGUGUUUUAUUAGAUACAACACAUACAGAAAUCAGAACUCAACUUGGUAUAAUAUUCACUUUAAUCCUCAACUUAGAAACGUUACAAGACGCUUUGUAUACCUCGGCGGAAUCAGAAUUGGAAAGCAUUUUGGCUUAUGAAAGAAAAUGUGCAUCACAUCGUAAUUUCGGAACUAACCUUCAAUAUGAAUACGAAAGUAAAGAAAGAACCCUCAAAUUUAAACAUUUCGUUUCUUCUGUGAAAUGUCAAGUGAAACAACUCAGCACGAAAUACACCGAGUUUAUUACGCGUUUCUUAACUUCUCUUUCAACCAGCCCGGAUAUGAAUCUCCAAUUAUUGAGCGUUCGUCUCAAUUUCAAUGAUUUUAACCAGAUUACAUGACAGAACGGCUAUGAAAAUCUUUUCAAUGAAGAUGGGAAAGAAGAUAUUGUAAAGCCAUCAUCGUCUUCGUUUCUUCUUAGUUGUGUACGUGAAGAUGAAAGUUCGCGAACUGUUAAUAUAAGUAAUUUAACGGAUUUAACGUACAGUUUUGUGGAAUGUGUCAGUUUCGAUCGAUCACAAAUUAUUAAUUCGGGUUCAUGCAGUUAUGGUAGCGUUGACGAACUGAUUCGCACAUCGGAUAAUAGUAAUUCGGGUAAUAAGCGAAAGCAUAAACACAUUUGAUGUUGUAUUGGGUGAGGGGUCUGUUUAAUUUUUUUUUUAACCUUUGUUUUUUGCGUCGUUUGUAUUUGAUCACCUCUCGCCUUAAAGUUACUAAAAUUUUAAUCGUAGCUAAACGCUUAAUUUCACUUUUUUAUUAUUAUUAGUAACAACAGCCAUUAUAUUAUUGAUUUUUAUUUUUACAAAAAUAUAAUUAUUUAAGUAACUAUUUCAUAACUUGUAUUUGUUAUUCUAAAUAAACAUUUUGUUUAA